CUCCCAUACGGGCUCGGGAGAGACGAAGGUCGAGAGCCAUGCGUCCUCCGAAACAAAACCCAACCAAGCCGCACUGCUUCUUAACACAGCGCGCAUCCAACCCGGAAGCCAGCCGCACCAAUGUGUCGGAGGAAACACUGUUCACCUAGAGACCUGGUCAGCGUGCACUGCGCCCGGCCCGCCACAGAAGUCGCUAGUGCGCAAUUAGACAAGGAUAUCCCUACCGGCCAAACCCUCCCUAACCCGGACGACGCUAGGCCAAUUGUGCGUCGCCCCAUGUACCUCCCGGUCGCGGCCGGCUGCGACAGAGCCUGGGCUCGAACCCAGAGUCUGGUGGCACAGCUUUAGACCACUGCGCCACCCAGGAGGCCCAAAAAUGAAUUUAACAAGGCGUGCAAACAUGUAUUAGCAUCUCAAUGUACAGUUUAAAGUCUCUUUCUCCCAAGUAUGUAAAACAAUUAGGUAAAAUUAAAUGAAUCCAUAAAAGUUUAAAAAUGCAGAUGCAAACAAACCAUUACAUUGGUUGAUUUAAGUUUGCUUUGGUAUUGAUAAAAUCUGAUCAAUGGGUAAUGCACUAGGGCAGAGUGAAAUUACAAUAGAUAACACAUGAAUACAUUAACAGUAGUGAUGGUAAAUGAAUUAAAAACAGUAAUGAUAAGUUAUCCAAAUUCCAGAACAAAAGAAUACAUGUAUUAUCAUGCAACAUGUUUAAAUGCUUAAAAAAGGCAGUAGUAGUGUUUACCACCAAAAGGAUCCAUUUUCAAACAGGUGAGUGAAUUGUAGUGGAGAAUGUUAGAACGUAAUCAACAGAAUGGUCGAAUUGUAGUACAGUGCAUUUGGAAAGUAUUCAAAACCCCUUCCCUUUUUCCACAUUUUGUUACGUUACAGCCUUGUUCGAAGAUGGAUUAUAUUAAUUGUUUCCCUCGCCAAUCUACACACAGUACCCCAUAAUGACAAAGCGAAAACAGGUUUUUAGAAAUUGUUGCAUGUUUAUAAACAACAGAAAUCAUUUAUUUACAUAAGUAUUCAGACCCUUAGCGAGGAUACUCGAAAUUGAGCUCCAGUGCAUCCUGUUUCCAUUGAUCAUACUUGAGAUGUUUCUACAACUUGAGUCCACCUGUGGUAAAUUCAAUUCAUUGGACAUGAUUUGGAAAGGCAACCACCUGUCUAUAUAAGGUUCCAAAGUUGACCGUGCAUGUCAGAGCAAAAACCAAGCCAUGAGGUUGAGGGAAUUGUCCGUAGAGCUCCAAGACAUGAUUGUGUCGAGGCACAGAUCUGGGGAAGGGUACCAGUGGCCCCCAUCAUACUUAAAUGGAACAAGUUUGGAACCACCAAGACUCCUCUUAGAGCUGGCCACCCAGCCAAAGUGAGUAGUCGGGGAAUCCGAUGGUCUAAGAACGUAGAACGUUACAUGGUAGAGUGGUCAGACGGAAGCCAGUCAGUAAAAUGCACAUGAUAGCCUGCAUGGAGUUUGCCAAAAAGAACCUAAAGGACUCAGACCAUGAGAAACAAUAUUCUUUGGUCUGAGGAAACCAAAAUUGAAAUAUUUGUCCUGAAUGCCAAGUGUCCCAUCUGGAGGAAACCUGGCACCAUACCUAUGGUGAAGCGUGGUGGCAGCAUCAUGCUGUGGAGAUGUUUUUCAGUGGCAGGAAUUGGGAGACUAGUCAGGUUCGAGUAGCGCUGUCUUAGGCGUCUCACAGUACAGACACGGCUAUUUAUUGCCCUGGCCACAUCUGCAGUUCUCAUGCCUCCUUGCAGCAUGCCUAAGGCACGUUCAUGCAGAUGAGCAGGGACCCUGGGCAUCUUUCUGUUGGUGUUGUUCAGAGUCAGAAAGGCUUUUUUAGCGUCCUAGGUUUUCAUAACUGUGACUACCGUCUGUAAGCUGUUAGUGUCUUAACAACCGUUCCACAGGUGCAUUUUCAUUAAUUGUUUAUGGUUCAUUGAACAAGCAUGGGAAACGGUGUUUAAACCCUUGACAAUGAAGAUCUGUGAAGUUAUUUGGAUUUUUACGAAUUAUCUUUGAAAGACAGGGUCCUGAAAAAGGGACGUUUCUGCCUUAAUGUUGCUGGACCCCAGGAAGAGUAGCUGCAGCCUUGGCAGGCUCCUUGGUUGAAACACAAACUCCUGAGUUCCAAACUGCCUCUAGAAGCAACGUCAGCACAAUAACAGUUUGUCGGGAGCUUUAUGAAAUGGGUUUCCGCGACCGAGCAGCCGUACACAAGCCUUAGAUCACCAUGCGCAGUGCCAAGCGUCGGCUGGAGUGGUGUAAAGCUCGCUGCCAUUGGACUCUGGAGCAGUGGAAACACGUUCUCUGGAGUGAUGAAUCACGCUUCACCAUCUUGCAGUUGGACGGACGAAUCUGGGUUUUUAAUGCCCAUGAUUUUGGAAUGAGAUACUUUUGGUCAUGUAGUGUAAUUGUAUGUGUGGUGUACAGAGGUAGUUAUUCAAAAAUCAUGUUAAACACUGUUAUUGCACAGUGAAUCCGUGCAACUUAUGUGACAUAUGUAACAUAUUUACACUUGCCAUAACAAAGGGGUUGAACACCUAUUGACAUGAAGACAUUUCAGCUUUUCAUUUUUUAAUUUGUAAAAAUGUCAAAAAAAAUCGACAUUAUGGGGUAUUAUGUGUCAUUGAUCUACACAUCUCAAUUUAACCCAUUUAAAAUUCAGGCUGUAACACAAUAAAACGUGGAAAAAGGUUGAGGGGUGAAUACUUUCUGAAGGUUUAACUAUCUCACUAUGUUAAAGAAAUUUCCACUACCAGGCUCUUCAUGCAUCGGGUCCGCAUCCACAUUAUCACAGCUACCCUGAUUGGACCCUUCCAACUCUUCUUCCUCUAUCUCUUCUUUCAUGUCUGCAGCCAGCGACAUCCCUAUCUCCCCUUCAAGACACUCCAUGUUCGUCUCCUCUUCAAAACUAUCUCUCUUCUCCCCCUCUCCUUCCUCCUCCCUAUCAACCUCCUCCCUUUCUUGACUGGGGGCGGGUACGUUGUAGGUAGAGCCCACCCCCUCCUGGCUGGUCCCUGUGGUCUGUCUCUCUCCAGAGCUGGCUGUGGUGAACUCUGGGACGCCCGUGGGUGGAGGAGUCUCUUCACGGGCGACUGCAGCACGCUGUACACGCUGGGGUGGGGUCCGUCUGCAGACAGAGCAGCCAAAAUGCAUCACAAUAUUUCAGUUACGUUGAUAAAAGUUUCUUCUCUAUAGUGUACCAGUGCAACUGAGCAGGUAAAUCUUCAUUCUUCAUGAUGCCUAAUCGCACCGGGCAGGGCACCGUCAAAGCAGUUAUCCUGCUCCAUUCAGCUCCAACUAAAGAUGCCACCAGAGGCUCCCAGGAGGAGGCAGUAGAGGUGCUGCAGCCUGUGAGGUCUGAGUCUGGCCAGGAGAGAGCAGCAGCAGGCAGGCUGACGGCACAGGAGCUUCUGGUGACAGAGCAGGAGCUGGGCACCGUCUUCACCUUCUGCUCAGCGCUGGACACAGCCCUGGGAGGGGGCCUGCCGGUGGGGAAGACCACUGAGGUCUGCGGACGCCUGGAGUGGGAAAGACCCAUCUCUGAGCAGCAGGAGGCCUUGAAGGAGCUGACUGUGGAAACAAUCUUUUCCACCCUCGUCCUCGUCCGUUACCAUGACUACGUGGAGCUGUUGGCGGAGAUGUAUCUCCUGGCUGACUUCCUGGCUCAGCACCCUGAGGUCCAGCUGGUGGUGAUUGACAGCAUUGCCUUCCUGUUCCACCAUUGCUUUGAUGACCUCUCCCAGAGGACCCGCCUCCGGAACAGCCUCGCCCAGCAGCUCAUCCAGAUGGCCACCAAUCGCAAUGUCGCAGUUGUUCUUACCAAUCAGGUGACUUCAAAGGUUUGGAGCAGCCAAUCAAAGCUUAUUCCUGCCUUAGGUUGUUCUUACCAAUCAGGUGACUACAGAGGUUUGGAGUGGCCAAUCGAAGCUUAGUCCUGCCUUAGAUGAAAAGGAUGGCUCCCGAAUGGUGCAGCGUUCAAAGGCACUGCAUCUCAGUGCAAGAGGCGUCACUACAGACCCCGGUUCGAUUCCAGGCUGUAUCACAACCGUCCGUGUUUGGAAUCCCAUAGGGCGGCGCACAAUUG